CUUAUAAUCUCUUCCUCUCUGUGAAAGAGAGAAAUGCAGGGGUUUUAGAGAGAGAGAGAGAGAGAGAGAGAGAGAGAGAGAGAGAGAUGAAAGGGUUUUUCUAUCUCAAAUGCCUACUUCUGGUGUUGCUCUUCUGCUCUCUCACAGAAUAUUCAUCUUCAUCUUCUCCUCAGAAGAAGGAUCCAUUCGCCAUUCGCAUAAGCUGUGGGGCCCGUCAGAAUAAUCGUACCAUCCCUACUAAUACUCUCUGGCUCAAGGAUUUUGCUUAUACAGGGGGGAGACCUGGGAAUGCAUCAAGGACUAGUUACAUUGUUCCUCCACUUAAUACACUACGCUAUUUUCCCCUCUCUGAUGGCCCGGAGAAUUGCUAUACCAUCAACCGCAUACCCAAUGGACACUACUCAGUCAGAGUCUUUUUUGCUUUGGUUGCAGAACCUAACAUUGAGAAUGAGCCACUAUUUGAUAUUUCCUUGGAAGGAACUCAGAUUUAUUCUUUGAGAUCUGGCUGGACCACUCAUGAUGAGCAAUCCUUUGCAGAAGCCUUGGUAUUUGUUUCAGACAAGUCUGUUUCUUCUUGCUUCCAUAGCACUGGUCAUGGUGAUCCGUCCAUACUCUCAAUCGAAAUCCUUCAAGUUGAUGCAAAUGCAUACAAUUUUGGCCUGCAGUGGGGUAGUGGAACUAUCCUUCGAACAGUCAAAAGACUGACAUGUGGUGUUGGGAAACCAGCGUUUGAUGAAGAUUACAAUGGGAAUCAAUGGGGUGGGGAUAGAUUCUGGGUUCCAAUCCAAACUUUUGGCCAAAGUUCUGAUCGAAUUAGAUCCACUGAAAAAGGCAUCAAGGGGGCCUCAGUUCCACCAAACUUCUACCCAGAAAAGCUUUACCAGUCUGUCAUUCUUAGUACUGAGAGUCAGCUGGAUUUGUCAUAUAGUAUUGAGGUGGACCCCAAGAAAAACUACUCCAUCUGGCUGCACUUUGCAGAGAUUGUGAAUGGAAUUACCAGUGAAGGGCAAAGGGUGUUUGACAUACUAAUAAAUGGUGAUAUAGCAUUCAAAAAUGUUGACAUCAUUCGUAUGACUGGGGAACCUUAUGCGGCUCUUGUGCUGAACAAAACAGUUGCUGUCAAUGGGAAGACUCUAAUGAUAACAUUGCACCCUGCAAAAGGCCAUCUCGCUAUCAUCAAUGCCAUUGAGGUCUUCGAGGUUAUUGCCACGGAGUUUAAAACUUCAGCAGAAGAAGUUAGGGCUUUGCAAAGUGUGAAGAAUGCCUUGGGACUUCCUCUUCGUUUAGGGUGGAAUGGGGAUCCAUGUGUUCCCCAACAACAUCCGUGGAGCGGAGUGGACUGCCAAUUUAACAAAAACAGUGGCACCUGGGUCAUUGAUGGGCUAGGUCUAGACAAUCAAGGUUUGAAGGGUUUCUUGCCCACUGACAUAUCCAGGCUCCGUCAUCUGCUGAGCAUAAACUUGAGUGGAAACAACAUCCAUGGACCAAUUCCAUCGUCAAUUGGAACAAUUGCUGGGUUGGAAACUUUAGACCUCUCAUACAACCUUCUCAAUGGUUCAAUUCCUGAUAGCCUUGGCGAAUUAACAUCAUUACAGAGACUGGAUCUUAAUGGAAACUCUCUAUCUGGAAGAGUCCCUGCGAAACUCGGAGGACGGCCUCUCCAUAGAGCUAGCUUCAAUUUUACCAGCAAUGCAGGCCUUUGUGGUAUACCGGGGCUACCUACAUGUGGGCCUCACCUCUCCACUGGCUCUAAGGUUGGCAUUGCGUUGGGAGCGUUUAUAGCACUUGCACUCAUUGUCAUCUGUUCCAUAUGCUGGUGGAAAAGACGGCAGAAUAUUCUUCGAGCUCAGAAGCUUGCUGCAAGGGAUGCUCCUUAUGCAAAAGCGAGGACUCACUUCGUGCGUGACGUGCAAAUGACCAGGCCCUACAUUCAGGACCAAGCUCGAGUGGCUGCUGAGAUCGGGCCCCGCUUACUCUCUUAGCUGAACUGCCAUUUGCUUUUGGUUCCACCCAUGUCAAUCCCUAUUCCAUUUGUUUAUAACCCGUCGAUUGAGGUUUUGCAAGUCACAUUCCAGUGGUUCUGUCUCUGUGCAGAGCUUCCUCCUUUGACGGGAAAAUAGUUCUGAAAAUCCCCCUGGCAGAAUUGAUUUCUUCCUCUGUCAUGUAUGCCAUUCUCAUGUAGUUUUUGUGGUUGUAAGCUGUAUAUCAGGAGUUAAUGUAUAUUUUGCAUUCUUUCGGGGAUUCCCUACAAACAUCAUGUUUUCA